UCGGAGGAGGUGAAGGGUCACUCCGGCAGGUGCAAAUGGUGGCAGCUGCGGGAAGCUGAUGGGACCGUAGCCUCGGACAAGCCGCGUUUCUCAGGGAAAAUGAGUGUUGAGUCAUGCAGGAUGGUGACUGUUUAAAAUAGAAGGCUUGCCAUGGCAACAUGGGUGGAGGGGAAACCUAUCCCACCCCAACAGAAUACUUUGAGUGAUGUGAAUAAUAUUGUCAGUGAGAAAAAGACUCCCUGGUCUCGUGUGAGCCCUCUUUCAGAUGCAAGCAAUAAAGCCUUUGAAUCAACAUCUGCAACUUCCCCACAUAUAUUUGACGACGGCAAACUGAAUUAUAACUUGGGUUCAGUAACUAAGACUCUAACAGAACCAAAACUGAGAGUUUCUCCAAAACCAUUUUCUGUGGAAAAGUAUUCUGUGCCAUUCUCACCGGUAGGGAUCACGCAGCAAACUCUUGCGGUGCCAAGACCGAAGAGUGCAAUUCUUUCAGGAAAGUUGGCGGGUGUUGAGGAAGUGAGCUUCGGGCAGACAGAGGCCAAUCGUGCACCAACUGGGGCUGCUUCAUCACUGUUGUUUUCUCCUGCUCCACCAUCUUCGUUAGGAUCUGGUGGUAUCGGAUCAAUUGGGGCGGGCGAUUCUCAGGAUGACGAAAGUAUGCCUAAUUUGCCUUCGAUACCAAAAUUCUCCAAUGUUGCAGGUUCCCCUUCAAAUGCGGUCUUGAAUUUGGAAAUGAUGACAGUAGAGGAGACAGACAGUUCCAGAAUGAAGCCAACUACCUUUGUUAUUUUGGAAACUUCUCAAGUGCUAAAAUCUAAGAAGUCUGGUGAUGAUGAUCAGAAAGCUGGGAAGUGGACAAGUAGCAAUCAGGAGAUGCAAGUGACUCCAGAACCUCUUACGUUACCUAAGUCAUCCCUUCCAUUGAAGAAGGUUAGCCCAAAUGCUAUUCAAGGGAUUGAGACAUCAAAUCCCACAUUGAUUUCUUUGGAUCAUUUAGGAAAGUUGGACCAGACUAUAGAAGAAGACAAAGGCAAAGCAACUAAGGAAAAGGAUAUUGUCGAGAGCCCACUUUCACACAGGGCCCACGUAAGGAAAUCUAGACCAUUAUCUACUUGGCUUUCUGGAACUACAAAUGACCAUAAUUCAGAAAUCACUGUGAAACAAGAUGAAAGUACUUCUGCUCCUGAAAAACCUUGGCUUAAAAAACCCAGGCCUUUGUCAAUGAAUCUAACAGCCAGAUUUGAACCAGCACGGGCCUCCUUUUACAAAAUAAAUAAUUGUGUACCAGAGGAAAGCAAAGAAAAUGUCCCAGUUAUGCAAGUAUCUGGUGCUUUGUUCUCAGGGACUGAGCACAAGACGCCAGGUCAAUCUGAAGAGACAGCAGCAGAAAGAGAGCAGUCCAGGUCUCCAGCUUCUCCUGAUGACCAUGAGGACAAGGGAGGGGGUUACUCUUAUGUUAAUGAAAAGUUCAGUUGCAUCUCAAAGAUGGAUAUCAGUAAAAAAGCUGUCAAGGCUUUGACAUUGACUGAUAACAAAGAAGCAGUCUGUUCACUGGAAAGCAAGGCACAGUGGCAAAGUGACUAUGGUGAUGAUAAAGCCACUGCAGGACCCAAAGAUGAGGAAAAGGAAGAAAGUACAUUCAGUACCUCAUCAAAAACUAACAAGGAAAAAUUGAAAGAUGACCAGGAGCAGCAUAAGAAUUUGACAAAUAGGGAAUUGGAUAAAAUUUCUUCUAACCCGGAGCCAACAUCAAAUGAUGAAAAUUCCUUUCUGGAUUCUGAUGAUCGAACGUGUAAAGGAAGUAGAACGCCAUUUUCUAGUGGGAUAAUUAGAAGGCGCAUUAGUCUUCUCUUGGACUCCGCCAGUAACAGCACAGUAAAGACAGAAAGUGCACAGACAACUGUCGAGAAGGAAAAGAUGAGCAUACGUGUUAAGCAGCAAAUCCAAAGCUUUACUUCAGAGAACAAAGAACAAAUCCUGAGUCUCCAAAGGCGACUAUUCCAGCCGAGACCUCUAUCUUCAGAUAUAACUAAACUGUUUGAGUCGCGAGCAGUCGGCAAUGAAGGUCGCUUUGAGAAGCAGGUGGAUAUGAACGUCUUUUCAUCUCCAGAACGCUCGGUUUUGCAGAGCACCCCAGAACAGAGAGGGAGGGAGAGCCCCAGCAAAAGGAAUGAUGAAAGAGAUCUGGCAGAGAAGGACCAAUCACACUUGAUGGAGACUGACACCGAAUUUAGUUGGAGCCGGCGUAAGUCGUUGAAGAAAGUGAGCAAAGGUUUGGAAAAAGGGAUCGCAGACGAGAAAUCCAGCUCUGAGAAAAUCAGCAGACGAAAUAGUUUUGUCAGGAUGAGGGAGACAAAGGGCCAAAUAAGUACAACCAAUGCAGCUGAUGGAGUUUCCUCAAUGAGCGAAACUAUCUCCCAAAGUUCAGAUGGAAUAAAAAGUGACUCUGAACGGCUAGACUCUGACACAAAAUCUCUAAAAAUGUUUAUAAUUGAAAAAGAGAUGCAACACCUUCAGGAACCAGAGUCUGUUAAGACGGACAGUUCCUCCAAUUCACUGAAUUCCUUCUUUGAUAAAGAGAGAAGACCAGGAAAAGCUUCAGGAUCCAGGUCGAAGAGUUACACAGCAAUGAAAACAACAGUCGACAUCGUGCACAGUGAACAAGAGGUGAAGAAAACAAAAUCUCUGCAGCUGGAAGCCAACUCUUUGGAGGGGAAAGAAAAAGCGUGCUUUGAAAAAGAGAAACAAUCUGACCCUGGGUGUUCCUCCUCAAAGAUUACUGAACAAAAUGUUUCCAGUUUUCUAUUGUAUACAAGCAAUGAUAAAAUUGAUACCCUGCAAGAAGUAAGUGAAAAAGUAGUUAGCUCCUCUCUCCCUGCAACAUCUGAAGACAAGGUUGAGAAACAGAACGUGAGAAAGUCGUACAUUGUGGCUGACCAAACAAAACCUGAAGAAAAGGUCAGCAAUUUCAGGAGGCGCUGGAAUCGGCCACGUCCUGCUGAUGUCAGCUCUUUAUCAGAGUUGCCCUCAUCUGCACCACAUUCUGAAAUCAAAGGAGCUGAGGUGCCUAAGGCUGUUGCGAUUCAGCAAUCUCAUGAAAAGAUGGCAAACUCGGCAAUGCUGGAAACAGGUAUAAUUGGAAAGAAGCUGCUGAGAGUAACACGGCAUAGCUCGUUCAGUAACCCAGACACAGCUACUUCAAAGAGUAGCUCUAGGUAUUUUGAGAGAACAUACGAUGUUUCAGCCACGCGGGAAAUGCUGCCCUCUACUGGAUUAAAGCUGCCAGAGAACAGGGAUGAUACUGAGGCAGGAAAAGAAACUAAACGUUGGUUUCAAGAUGACACAACUUUGGAAAUCUGUCGGAAGGCCAUUCCAAGAGCAAGAAGGAAUGAGAAAAGCAAUAAUUUUUCGACAGGAGCCAACUCUGCAGCUGAUCAAGUGACUGAUUUUUCAAUAGAGGCUACCUACCAAAAACAUGUUUCAGCCAGUAGAAAGUCAGAGAGCUUCUUUGAGGAGUUCUCCAAAGGUUAUCCAAAGAUCUCCACUCCAGAGAAACAAAAGUCAACUUUGCUGUCUGAAGAGUUUCUUUGCAGUCCCCAGACAAGUGGAACGGAUAAUGUGUCAGAGGAACCCCUUGUAACACUGCCUGUGAGACGGUCGAAAACAGCAGAUAUUGAGAAAUCAAAAAAGACGAGGGGCAGUUUGCCGCGCAAAAGCCUUAGUGUAUUGGAUAUUGAUGUUUUGAUGUUAGAAUACAGAAAAGAAAAUUCAGAAAUAAAAGUUGAUGAGGAGUCAAAAAGUUUCUGUUACCAUGAUAAAAAGGAUAGCCAUCAUUCCAAAACUCUUCAAGAAGAUUAUGAAGAACACAGAACACCAAAGUUGACAAAAUUCACUGAUCAAGACCUUGGAAUGUCUUCCCCCUCAGGCAGAAGAAAAGUUACUUCUGAUAAGCAUAAUAAAAAGGGUUUGCAUCAUAACAUCCUUGACCUAGAUGCUCUGAUGGCCGACUAUUCAAAAGAAACAUCAAGGCCAAUGGAUCUUCUCCAAAAGAGGUCUGGUUCAAAGCUGACCAGUGGCAGGUCUCUGAGUACAAAAACUGAAAAUACCUCAUCACCUUUUUCUGAAGGAGUGAAGACUUCUUGGCGAAAUGAUCAAAACAAGAAACAUCGUGAUGCCGAAUUGAAAAGGGAUGUUCAUGAUGACAUGUACACUGACUUGAAAAGAAGUCUCACAGAAAAGAAGAAAAGCAGACCUUACUCCGCUUACUGUGAGUAUGAAGAGGUGAGGAAGAAUGUUUCUUCAACCCACCAGAAGUCAGAGUGUGAAGGAAGCAAAGAAAUGGAUGGUGAUACCAGCACAAUAGCCAGUAUAAUUAGACGGCACAAACAUGAGAAAAGGAAAAGCCAACCAUCUCCAGCCUCUCCAGGGUACAGUGACUUGCAACAGGCUGAUCUGCUUGUAGGUGGGCAAAUGACUGAUGCUGGCAGGGACAAAUGGAAAUCUAGAAAGGAUGAUCAAUGGGAACCGGUGCCAAGUCGCAAAAAGGACUGGAGUGAUGAGGCGAGUUUUGUAAUUUCUGCAGCGAUGGACAGUUCAAACCAGACGCUGGAAGGUCAUUACCUGAGGAGUAAAGCCAGCUUCUUGGAUGACAUGGACAGCUCAUGGAGCCCUGUUUAUGGUUCUUCACAUGUGUUGGAGAAGGAAAAGUACUUAGAGAUGUCAGUAGACGACGAGCAGCACUUGACAGUGGAAAGCAGGACAAAACACCGCGGAGAACACCCUGGCCAAAGUUCUCCUCGAAUAUCCAGAGGCCAUCCCAAAGAGCCGCAUCGUUCUGUUUCAGAGGUUAAAAAGUCAAGACCUAUCGAAGUUCACAAGGAGACACAAAAAGCGUUUGAUGGGCUUAUGAUAAACCUGCAAGGUACAUCAGCAGACUACAAGCGUUAUGAAGGAAGAAGGAGCAACUCACCUGACAGAGUUCAACACCGUGGCUUAGAGAUUUCAAAGCGCAGAUUACCGUCAACAGUGGAGGAUAAAAUGGAUUCCCAACCUGUACAAAAGGAGCCAAGUUUGGAGUUCCGCAAGAGCACGAAGCAGAAGAUUGGGGAUAUGCUUAACCUGGCUGUAAAGGGCAAGAAACAAAAUGAAGAGAAGACCCACUCCGGACGCGAACUGCAGCGGGGCAAAUGUCCAGUCCACAAAGCAGCAGCCACCCACUAUAUAAUGAAGCGGAUUUUUCAUCCAGAACUGUAUUACCAGAAACUAUUCUCAUCAGAGGAGAUGGAUUACUAUUAUUGCCCGUGGCUGCGCAGGAGUUUUCAGUAUUUCUGGGACAGGGUGAAACAGUGCUUUGUAGCUCCCAAUAUAAAGACAAAGGACACAGAUGCCCUUGUGCAGGAGAGAGACCAGUUUUGCACGUGUGACGACAAAGAAAAGUAUGGCACCUAUGAGGAGAGAGGCUACAGCACAAGUGGGGACACCGAACCAAGCAGCAAAUACAAUGAGCCAAAAGACUAUGAAGACACAAUCUGUAGACCAGUGUCGCCCUGCAAGGACCGUACUGCCGAUCCGUUUGGCUACCCAAGAAGCACAUCAUUGUCCUCAGAGGUGACCCCUGCCAGUGAGCAGCCAAGCUCCCUCCAGGAGCCCAGGUCCAUAAGCCGUGGUGAACUGGACUUCACAGACGACACAGAUAGUUCCCAGUCUAUCGGCCUAGUCACUCAAGAUGACCAAGCUCCUCAAGGAUUCUCAUUCUUGGAGCCUGUGACCACGCUGGACAGCUGUGCCCAGAAGAGUCGGAUCCAGCUCGGCAGGAAGACUUUCCGUCGGGCACCGACAAAGCACAGGAAGGGAGGCUGGGAAGACCAGAUCGAUGGCACAGACCAGUUUUCUGAAAGAAAUAUGGAUCCAUGCAUGUACAGAGAUUCAACAGAACCCAGGCCAUUGGAACAAGAAGAAUUGACUACAGAGGACGACAAAGACUGUGAGAAACCUCAGGUGUUACCGUGUCAGAAAGUUGCAAUGUUUCCUGGAAUGGACCCCGCAGUACUGAAGGCAAGUCUACGGAGAUCUCGACCAGAGGUUGAAGCUCCAAAUGAAUUGAUUUCCAAAUCUUCCAAGCCUCAUCCCCAGCAAGGUUUCAGAGUUCUGCCACCAACAACUGGCAAAGGGGAAAAGCCCAAUGCGGCAGUUCCUUCAUGGCUACAGGAGCUAAAAUCAAAGAAAAGGUUGAGUCAGAUUCAGCCUUCGUCUGAAGACUAGUGAAUGAAAGACACUCAACAGAAAAAUGAGUCCGAUACAAGCCUUAAGUGUCCACCAACGUAAAAAGAGAAAAAAAAACUUGUGCUGCUCUCAUUGCUUCCUGCCUCGCUACCUGCAUGGUGCCUUCCCAUAGUACUUUGUGAAUAGGCUGCUUACAGUUCAUACAUGAAACAGAAUAAUGCUCUAUUUUGUCAGAUACUAGGGUUCAUUGCCUGGAACUCUUAAGAAAUGUCACUUUAAAACAAAUAAUAAUUAAUAAAAAAGAAACAGUUCUGACUGUGAUUGAGCUGGGUGCUCUCUCCACAGUGCUUCAGUUGUACAAGGGGUAGUAUCUGUGGAAGCUGGGAAUUGGAGAGAACGUGACCCAGGAAGUUCUGGUGCAUACGGUCACUCUUACCAAUUUGGGAGGACAACUACUCUAGGGAAUUCUUGGAACAGAGAGUGCUCUAACACAAAGAACAGAUGAGCCAAACUCAUGGAAAUGGAAUUCACCAUCAGCUGAUCGGGACUGUCUUACAUGGUUUUUGCUGUUUGAGAACUGCUGAAGCUUUGGUGCUAGUGUUAACAAGACAAAAAGAAAGUUCUAAAAAUCAAUUCCUUGCUUUAAACCUGUCUAUCACCUUCAUUAGUGAUCCAAUGACCUCUGUUCACUGUAUAUUUUUCUAACAUUCGUGCCCAUUGGGUGAUCUGUGUGUAGCAUUAUAUUUGUGUAAUGGGGAAUUAAGUAUUAAAACCAACGAUUUUCAUCUACUCCCAUCUUGGAAUUGAUUUUUACAACUUUGGCGAUAUUCACUCCUCCUGAACUCUUGUAAGAACUAGACAGUGUGCGUGUUUUCUGUUUUUAUGAAAUGUAAACAGGAGAUGAAAAUGUUUACCACCAUGACAGGAAUGUAAGUUUGACUGGUUAUGUCACUAAUUGUUUGAGUAGAUAUAGAACAAUUUUUACGAGAUUCUCAUGUCCUUGGCAAAACCCAUCUUUGACUCUGGUUUAAGCACUCAUCUAUGUUUAUGAACUGUUGAAAUAUCUGCCAACCUGUCGGGUAGGCAAAUGCCUUGUUCAAGGAUUGAGCUUUUGUUCAAUAUAUAUUGAAUUAUUAUUUUUAUUAUUUCUUUCCUUCAGAUGCAGGAAGAAUAGCAAUAACCUGUUAAAACGUUAACUGUCUGCAAAAAGCGAUGUAAUUAUUUGUUGGUUUUGUGUUGCCUUUGUAAACAAUUAGUACAAGUGGGGCAAGAAAAUGAAUGAGGCUUCAUACCCAACAGUGUGGCUGAUGGAGGUUUUAGCCCCUUGCCCGUGCAUCCCACAGUAAAUAACAAAUACCUUCAGGCAUUAGGUUAAAAUCUGAGUACCAGAGAUACCAGGUAAUGACUCAAAUUUUCUAACAUUGAAAUUAUUUUACUGCAGACUGUACCACUUUUAACUUUUCAACCAGUUAGCACUAUUGGCAAAAGUUGUGAAGUAAAUUAAGUGUUUCCUACUCUAAAAAGAGGAAUAAAAAGUGUAGAAUCCAUAACAUCACAAUACUAUGAAAACACAAGGGAGGGUGGACUGAACAUGUCGUGAGUGCAGGCUGCAAAUGUUGUCUUUGCCUGUUCUUUACCUGUGGGUUUGCAACCUGCCACAAGAUUUAUUAGAUUGUACAGUUAAGUACAUAUUUAACAGGUAUGAGGAAUUCCCUUUCAAUCAUUUCACAGUUAGGUAUUACAAAGAAGUUUGUGAUUUAAUACAUUUUUGGUAAGAAGGAAGUUGUUCAUCCAUUGUAAAAGGGGUACCAGUACCAGACUGCUGGAAUAUGCUUCCAGUUAAAUGAGGCAAACUUUAUGUGGCCCAUAACUAGUUCUGAGCUGCCAUAGGUUUUGUGCCAAGUGUUUACAUUCCCACUCUUCUCAAAGGAAUCUCUGGUUACUCCUGUUUCAAAUCUAUGGUUGCAAUCUGGGUUUUGUUUCUCAACAUUCAGAGAAUGCACUGGAAUGAGAUUGAACUCCUCAGAGGAAGUCUGGAUGUUGUAUAUUUUUAUGGUGAAACAUUCAGAAUAAAGUUUUACAGACUGUGAUUUGCAGUGGUUUUAGCCAAAGUUUCUGUUUUUUAAUUAUCCAAACGUUAGCCCUUUGAAGAGAGCAAAUCAGAAGGUGAAAUCUAACAAAUAUAGAAAGCCAACUUGUUAAGUUGCUGACCCUCAGCAAUCUGAUCAGAUAUUUUUUAAAAAUGAUUAUUUUUAUCAUCUGAUACGGGCUCUGCUUGUCUUUUGGUUAGAAUUGAGCCCUUAAAAACAAAAGAUGGAUUUGUCUCAAUCUUGUUUGUCAGUCCUUACUCAAAAUAUAAGUAAGAAUUUAGAAAUGUUCCCAACUAAUCCCAUGAGUCAUCAUGCUAACUGGGCAUGCAUGCAUUUCUUCCUCUUUAAACUGUUGUGCUUCUAACUUUAAUUCUUAACUGAGUGAUGUAGAAUGCAAUGCAAAUUGAUUAGCUAAAAUGCUGCACAGAAAAUGUUUUGAUUUCCUAAACAGUGAGGAUAUUCAUAUAUGUAACAAUUGGAAUGAUUUCCUGCACAGUUUUCACUUCUGUGAGCUCAGAAAGUUGAUUGGCAUUCAGGUAAUCAUUGCGUGACUCAACAGUUUCUCUUAAAUCUUUAUUCUGAAUGUAUGUUUAUGAGAAUUAUAAAAGUAUAUGGUAUUUUAUAUUUUGAAAGAAUGAUAAUGGUGAAUGCGAUAUUUGUAAUUACUAAAAUUUUUUUUGUAUUUUAGUUUUACAAUCUGAUUAAUUCAUGAUGUAUAAAUGAGUCCUUUGUUAUGUUUAAAAAGUGUAGAGUUCCUUUACUUGCACCAGCAAACAUUUCUCUGUUUCACCAAUUUCCACUCUUCUGUGUUAGGUACAGUGUUUGGAUUAAAAGUGACCCUUUUAAUUUAGUCCUUAAUGUUUCAUAUUCCAUUUUGGACUAAUGACAUAAAGAUUGA